AAAACAUGGGGUGAGAAAGUCGGAUACAGAUAGGGUGAGAAAGUCGGGAGGCUGAGGAUAGUGUUCCUAGUUUUCAAGAAUCAAGAGUUGAAGACGCUGAGACCCAUCUCCAGAUGAAGAUUGAAGACCCUCUUAUGGCAUUAGAGGAUUGAAGUUGUUCUCUUAGCUUUCUGGUUCUCAAAAGUUCUAGGCUUAAGCUUCAAGGAGAUAUCAUUGACAAUGAGGGCAGCAAUCCUACAUAACAACCUAAUGCACUUUAAUCCUACAUUUUCCUGCUGUCUGAAACCCUCAUUUCAGUUUAGAGAGAAGCCACUCAAGGAUUUUGAUAUUAAUAUUAAUCGAAGAAUAGGAGCAAUAGCAGCAUUUAGCCUAGUUUGGUUAGCAAAAGAUUCAAUUUCUACUAAACUUGCAUUUGGGUUCGACUUUCAACUGGUGGCACCUGAUCAGACAAUUGAAGAGGCAGAGAGUGGUAUCAUUGGACAUGCACAAGCUUUGCUACAAGUGAAAGAACUGAUAGAGUCAGAGUCAUGGGGACAAGUACAAACAGCUGUCCGGAAGAGCUCGCCGUUCUUGAAGCAGGACAUUUAUACCAUUAUUCAACAAAAACCUGGAAAUGAGAGGCCCCUAUUGAGGAAACUGUAUUCCAAUCUCUUCAACAAUGUUACAAGACUUGAUUAUGCAGCAAGGGACAGAGAUGCAUCACGAAUUCGUGAAUGCUAUGAGAAUAUUGUGAUGGUUCUUAAUGAAGUUUUAUCUAGACUAUAGCAUUGCAGGGUUGUCCUAGGGCCCUUCUGUUACAUCCAGGCUGCUGAUUUUAUAGAAAGCAUCUCGCAAGAAAAAUGGUCACACAUGAAAAUUAAGGUAAAUUAAUAGCCGAAUUUGUUUUUUUCAAGCAUCUAGAGGAAGACAAGCUCAAGCUUAGGUAAAUCCCAUUGCCUCUUGGCAGAUGUAGUCUGCCGUUUUCUCAUUGAGAUUCAGUUGAGCUUCAUGUGGUAGUACCCUGGAUUAGUAAGAAUAUUGAUUGAAGGAAGUGUGAUGACUCAAUUGUGUGUCCAAAAUAAAACGGAUUUGCCAUUUCUAGUUAUCCACCCUAUUUCUGUUCGAGUGAUAUCCGAGCUCUAUGGAAUGUUCGUUAUGUUGGGGUUAGUGUCUACAGAACAUAUGAGACAUAGAAGAUACAUCUACAUAUUUUAAUAAGGGUGGUGACAUACAAACCCCAGGGCAGUGAGUUUUUGGGAUCCGCGGUGGUGGAAGAGAGCAGUGUGCCAUUAUACUAUGUCCCUAUUCCAGAUUCCUUCUAGUGUGACAACAAGGUUUGAGAGACUGAUGAGAGACUUCUUAUGGGAGGGCGUGGAUGAAGGAAUGAAAGAUCAUUUAAUAACUUGGGAUUUGGUGAAGUAAGUGAAAGAAGAAGGCGAUUUGGGGGUGGGGAAUUUGGUGAAAAAGAACUGGCUUUUCUUGGGAAAUGAAUAUGGAGGUUCCAGGGGUAAAGAAACUCAGUAUACGCAGUCAUUAAAAGAAAAUAUUGGCUGCAAGCAAAUGGCUGGGAUUCCAAUAUUGUGUAGCUUUCUUUCCUUUCCUUUCCUUGUUUGUACAGAUUAUGUCAAAAUCAUGAUUUUCUAUUGCCA